AUGCUGCCUUCCCGGCUGGUUCCAGAUAACUGUGACAUCCAAGAACCUGAGAAGUUGGCUCAGAAAACACUAGAAAAUGGGACUCUUGAUGCAAAUGCUCUGCAGCCCACCGCACUCUGGAGAGACCAUUUUGCGCUGACCGGACAGGCACGAACCUUCGACGGCCACGUGAAGAUUGCGGAGGAGUGGAACAGUCAGGCCAAGCGGUUGUCCCUGUCCAGCUUCAGGACUAAACCCGCGUUCAUUGUCACACCUGUGCCAGGUAGCUCGUGGAUUCAAGUGCCAUUCACGUUUACGACUCACGCGAUCAACGGGCUAGUGGGCGAGUGCACCGGUUUCGCCUGUUUCAUUCUGGAUGAGGAUGGGAGCUGGACAAUCUGGAUGCUGGUGACUUUGCUCGAGAAUUUCGCAGGCCACGGGCACCCAGAUGUCCCACUCCUAACUGAAAAGUCGCUCGGCGUGAAUGGUGAUUCCGUCACUAAAGGCGUCGUCGAGUCCAACAAUCGUUCCCACGAUAGUCAGCAUACCUUCGAUGUUGUCAUCAUCGGAGCAGGACAGUGUGGCCUGUCCGUGGCUGGUCGCGUCGGAGCGUUGGGUCUGAGAUAUGUGCUUCUGGAAAAGCGGGCCUCGAUAGGACAUAAUUGGAUCGGGCGGUAUGAGUCGGUGAGACAGCACACUGUCCGUGAGUACAAUAACCUGCCAUUCGAGCGCACCUGGCAUCCCACCGAUCCGCUGCUGCUUCCCGGGAAAAUCGUGGCCGAAGGGUUCGAAAACUAUGUUACAAAGUACAACAUCAAUCUGUGGACGAAUGCAGAGACCACAGGAGCCAAGUGGGUGGAGGAGGGCCGAGUAUGGACACUGGAUGUGACGGUCAAAGGAGCCGAGAAACGGACACUCGUCUGUCGCCAUCUUGUUAUCUCUGUUGGUGCCGGCAUGAGCGUCGAUAGGGACCCCAAGAUUCCAGGAACCGAGCGGUACGAAGGCAUUCUCUUACACUCGGGAGCUUACAAGCAUAGUCGGGACUGGGUAGCAAAGAAUGGCAUCGUCAUUGGAUCUGGCACCAUGGCACACGACAUCGCCGAAGACAUGUACAGAGCGGGCUUGCGAUCUAUCCAUAUGAUUCAGCGUAACAGGACGUGCGUCUAUCCAAUAGAAUGGGUGAUCAAAGGCCAAUCCAGUCACUACAAUCUCGAAGUCCCCACUGCCGCAGCAGAUGUCAUGUCAGCCGGACUACCUAAUAAGAUUUCACGCGACAUUGUCAAAAUCCAAUACGACAUGGCGACCAAGGCCGAAUCUGAACGUUUUGAUGCACUAGAGCGGGCUGGGUUCCGUGUCGAUCGCACAACACCCUUGAUGGACAACAUCAUGAUGCGAUAUGGUGGUUACUAUAUCGACAUCGGGGCAUCAGCACAUAUUGUCAGGGGCGAGAUCAAGGUCAAAUCCGGCGUUCCAAUCGCCGCUUUCACGCCUGAAGGUCUAAGGUUUCAGGACGGGAGCGAGCUCAAGGCCGAUGUCGUGGUCAUUGCUGUCGGACAGGAUCAUGACUAUCGUCAUCAGGUUGGGGAUAUUGUUGGACGAGACUUUGCCUCGCAGCUGGGGGAGUUCUGGGGACUGGAUGAAGAAGGAGAACUACGCAACGUGAUGAAACCAGCAGCUCCCGGAUUGUGGAUGUUUGGAGGCACCGCGCCUCAGGCACGCUGGUGGUCUCGAUUUGUUGCUCUAGCCAUCCAGUCCGACAAACUCGGCGAGCCGCUUCAAUGUAUCCAGCUGGCCGGGUAG